AUGGAAAACUGCAAACAAUCAAAUCGCUCCGAGGACGACACCGAAUUACAAUACAAUCAGGACAGCAGUCAAGAAUGCAUAAUUACUACGGAACCUGCCGAAAGCGAGGAAGAGACGGACAACCGUACGAACGACGUGGCACAUCAUGGCGAAUACUCAACAGACGUUCGAUCUGCCAAAGAUAUCGUCGAAGAGGAGCAACAACAAAUCAAAAGGAAAAGGUAUGGGCAAGAAGAGUGCGAAUCAUCAGAGGAAAGCGGUGGAGACACUGAGCUUCAUGAUAUGGUUGAAAAGAUUUUUGGGACAACGAGCACACCAUAA